AACUCCGCGCUGAGAUGGAAGAGAUGAGAGACAGUUACUUAGAGGAAGAUGUUUACCAGCUGCAGGAGCUUCGGCGGGAGCUGGACCGCGCCCACAAAAACUGCCGAAUCCUGCAGUACCGCCUCAGGAAAGCCGAGCAGAAGAGCCUGAAAGUGGCUGAGACUGGUCAGGUGGAUGGCGAGCUCAUCCGGAGUCUGGAGCAGGACUUGAAGGUAGCCAAAGAUGUAUCUGUCCGAUUGCACCAUGAACUUGAAACCGUGGAGGAAAAGCGCGCUAAAGCUGAAGAUGAAAAUGAAAGUCUCCGACAGCAGAUGAUCGAAGUGGAGAUAUCCAAACAAGCCCUCCAGAAUGAGCUGGAGAGACUGAAAGAGAGUUCCCUGAAAAGAAGAGGCAGCCGGGAAACAUACAAAGAAAAGAAAACCUUUAACCAGGAUGACAGUACCGAUCUGAAGUGCCAGCUUCAGUUUGCCAAAGAGGAAGGCUCCCUGAUGCGUAAAAAGAUGGCCAAGCUGGGGAGGGAGAAGGACGCGCUGGAACAGGAGCUCCAGAAGUACAAGGCCCUGUAUGGAGACGUGGACAGCCCUCUGCCCACUGGGGAGGCGGGUGGGCCACCCAGCACCAGGGAGGCGGAGCUGAAGCUGAGGCUGAAGCUGGUGGAGGAGGAGGCCAACAUCCUGGGCCGGAAGAUCGUGGAGCUGGAGGUGGAGAACCGGGGCCUCAAGGCGGAGAUGGAGGACCUGCGGGUCCAGUAUGAGCGAGAGGGUUCAGGCCGGGACCACGUGGCGAGCAUUCCUACCUCACCCUUUGGCGACUCCCUGGAGUCCUCCGCGGAGCUCCGCCGGCACCUGCAGUUCGUGGAGGAGGAAGCCGAGCUGCUCCGGAGGUCCAUAUCCGAGAUUGAAGACCACAACCGGCAGCUGACGCAUGAGCUGAGCAAGUUUAAGUUUGAGCCCCGGCCGGAGCCCGGGUGGCUGGCGGAGGGUGCGGGCAAGGGCGCGGGCAACGGGGCCCCUCUGCAGGAGGAGCUCAAGUCGGCGCGGCUGCAGAUCAACGAGCUGAGCGGGAAGGUGCUGAAGCUGCAGUACGAGAACCGGGUGCUGCUGUCCAACGUGCAGCGCUACGACUUGGCCGCGCACCUGGGCCCGCGCGCCCCGAGCCCCCGGGAUAGUGACGCCGACAGCGACCAGGGCAAGAAGGAGAGCGACGGGGAGGAGGGCCGCCAGCCCCAGCCCAAGCGGGAGGGCCCUAUCGGUGGCGAGAGCGAUUCGGAGGACAUGUUCGAGAAGACGUCGGGCUUCGGCAGCGGCAAGCCAUCGGAGGCGAGCGAGCCCUGCGCGGCCGAGCUCCUGCGGGCCAGGGAGGACACCGAGUGCUUGGCGAGCAUAAAGCACGAGGCUGAGCGGCUGGAGCGGACCGUGGAGCGCCUCAUCACGGACACCGCCGGCUUCGGCGACGAUGCGGGGCUGCAGAGCAGUGGGGAGGCCUCGCCGGGGGCUGACGUCCAGGGGGCAGGGGAGACGGGCGAGGGGGGCAAGAAGGAGCCCCCGCUGCUGGGGACCAUCAACUCGAGGAUGAAGGCUUUUAGGAAGGAGCUGCAGGCCUUCCUGGAGCAGGUGAACCGGAUCGGGGACGGCCUGCGGGAGCGCCUGGAAGGCCUGUCCCCCCUGCCCCACCUCACAGAGUCUUCCAGCUUUCUCUCCACUGUGACCUCCGUGUCCCGGGACUCCCCCGUCGGGAACCUGGGGAAGGAGCUGGUCCCGGACCUGCAGUCCAAACUGAGAGGUCAGCUGGAGUGGCAGCCGGGGCAGGAGCACGGGGACGAGCCGGAGCCUCUGCAUCGCCGGGCCGACGGGGACGCCGGGAGCUGCCGGCUGGGAGGCCAGAGCUGCUUCGGUCUUGAGCUCAGGGGCCCCCCUGUUUUACCUGAACAGAGUGUAUCGCUAGAGGAGCUGCAGGGUCAGCUUACGCGGGCGACCAGACUGCAUCAAGAGGAGACAGAGAAAUUUACAAACAAGAUUCGGAAGAUGGAGGAGGAGCACCUCUAUGCCUUAAGGUGGAAAGAACUAGAAAUGCACAGCCUGGCUUUGCAAAACACCCUCCAUGAGCGAACCUGGAGCGACGAGAGGAAUCUGAUGCAGCAGGAGCUCCGGUCCUUGAAGCAGAACAUUUUCCUGUUCUACGUCAAACUCCGGUGGCUGCUGAAGCAUUGGAGGCAAGGGAAGCAGAUGGAGGAGGAAGGCGAGGAUUUCACUGAGAGCGAGCAUCCAGAGACCCUCCCCAGGCUCGGUGAGCUUGGAGUUCAGGGGGAGCCCAAGGGAGACAGCCCAGACCGAGAUGACAACGGUCCAGGCUGUGGCUUUUCGAUGGGAGAGCAUUCUGCACACCCCGCGGUGCAAACUGGUGACCACGGAUCGAGGCUGCAGCCUGCACACGGGGGACAGCUCCACAGGCAGGUGGUGGAAAACCAGCAGCUGUUCGGGGCGCUCAGGAGUCUGCUGGAGGACCUGCGCGCUGAGCUGCGCGAGGACGAGCACGCACGGCGGCGGCUGCAGCAGCAGUACGCCAGCGACAAGGCCGCCUGGGACGUGGAGUGGGCCGCGCUCACGUGCCGCCUGGAACAGCUGGAAGAGAAGACUGAGAAGAACUUGGGAGAAGCAGGCUCUUUUACUGACAGCAAAGGAGCAUUCAAAAAGGAGAGGGAGACGCACCAGAAGCUCCUUGCUGACAGUCAUGGCCUGGUCAUGGACCUGCGCUGGCAGAUCCAUCACAGCGAGAAGAACUGGAACCGGGAGAAGGUGGAACUUCUUGACCGUCUAGACAGAGACCGGCAGGAGUGGGAGCAGCAGAAGAAGGAGCUCCUGUGGAGAAUAGAACAGUUGCAGAAAGAAAACAGUCCCCGGAGAAGUGGCAGUUUCCUCUGUGAUCAAAAGGAAGGCAACAUGCGCCCCUUUGCCCACCCGGGAAGUCCCCGAAUGCCCCGUCCCUUGGGGGUGUGGCCCUGCACGGACACCGACUCCGCCCCGUUUGAAGACCGGCCGCUGUCCAAGCUGAAGGAAUCGGACAGAUGUUCAGCACGGGAAAACCUCUACUUGGACGCCUUGUCUCUGGAUGACGAGCCAGAGGAGCCUCCAGCCCGAGGGCCCCAGCGGGAGUUCAGGAACUGCCUUCCCCAGGAAGAAGAAAAUCACAAAGGAAAUCUUCAAAGGGCUGUGUCUGUGUCCUCCAUGUCUGAGUUCCAGCGUUUGAUGGACGUCUCUCCCUUCCUGCCGGAGAAGGGCCUGCCGGCUGCCAACAGCAAAGAGGACGUCACCCCGCCCCUGUCUCCGGACGACCUGAAGUACAUCGAGGAGUUCAACAGCAAGAGCUGGGAGGAGAGGCCCCCGGAGCCGUGGGCAGACAGGACCGAGGGGGGGCGGGCAGGGAAUGAGGCCAGCGCGGAGCCUUUCCCCGACUCCUCCUGGUACCUCACCACGAGUGUCACCAUGACCACGGACACCAUGACCAGCCCAGAGCACUGCCAGAAGCAGCCCCUGCGGAGCCACGUGUGCGCGGAGCAGGCGGGGGUGCGGGUGCUGCACAGCCCGCCCGCCGUCCGCAGGAUGGACAACAUCGUGUUGGCCGGGGGUGAGGGCAAGGGCCGGUCAGAGCCCGAGUGCCCAUUUCCCACGAGCAGACCCAGGGGGGGCGCUGGAGACGCAAAGGGGGGUCCCUCAGAACACGUGCUUAGCAGGUGGCCUUGUGCCCCCUCCAGACCCCCCCGGGACUAUGUGGAGGGAGGACUGCACCCCCUGGAAAGCUCCCUCUGCACCCCUCUGGGGUUCGCCUCCCCACUACACAGUCUGCAGAUGUCCAAGAACAUGAGUGAUGACAUGAAGGAGGUGGCCUUCUCCGUCAGGAACGCCAUAUGCUCCGGUCCCACCAAGCCUCCUGUCAAGGACAUGGCCUGCCAGACCAAUGGGUCCCGGACAACAGGGACACAGACCGUGCAGACCAUCAACAUUGGCCUGCAGACCGAAGCCCUGCGUGGCAGCACCAUCACCAGCAGCCCCCAUAAGUGUCUCACACCAAAGGCAGGGGGUAGUGCCACGCCCGCGUCAUCUCCUUCCCGUGGCCUUAGGAGCAGGCAGGUGGCCCCCGCCAUCGAGAAGGUGCAGGCCAAGUUUGAACGCACAUGCUGCUCCCCCAAGUACGGGUCUCCCAAGCUGCAGAGGAAGCCCCUCCCCAAAGCUGAGCAGCCAAAUAGCAGGACCUCCCUGGGGCUAGCCCCAAAGGGGUGCAGCGAGUCAGCCUGGGCCCGCUCCACCACCACAAGAGAGAGCCCCGUGCACACCGCCAUCAACGAUGGCCUCUCCAGCCUCUUCAACAUCAUCGACCACAGCCCCGUGGUGCAGGACCCCUUCCAGAAGGGGACACGGGCCGGGAGUCGGUCUCGCUCAGCAGAACCUCGGCCAGACCUGGGCCCAGGCCAGGAAACAGGCCCCAGUUCCCGAGGACGGUCCCCCAGCCCCAUCGGGGCUGGCUCAGAGACGUGGAGGGAGGAAGGGGGAGAGGGCACGCCCUUGAGGCAGGACUUAUCCGCUCCCCCUGGUUACACACUCGCUGAGAACGUAGCCCGGAUCCUCAACAAGAAGCUGUUGGAGCAUGCCUUAAAGGAGGAGAGGAGGCACGCCCCCCACGGGCCCCCAAGUCUUAAUAGUGACAACCACAUGGGAGAAAGAGUCAAAGCUGAACCAGGGUCCAUCGAGAACCAAACUGUCUUACUAACUGCCCCCUGGGGACUCUAG